AUGUCGAAUGACAAACCAAAUGAUAUAAUUCUCAAUGAUCGAACGUACAACAAUUUACGAAGUCCGCCGCAGUCAGUUGAAGAGAUAGACAAAAUAAAGCAAGAGAAGUUGACUAGCGAUAUUAUUAAAACAUCCAACGAUGCAGAAACUCAAGAUGCCUCAUUACGAAAGGUGACAUUGCUAGACAUUAUUAACUAUUAUAACUUAAUUCGUUCCUUUGUACGCAAUUCGAAUACCAAGCAACAAUAAUCAUACAUUAAACUAUUCCGCUCUUUUAUAGCAAAUUUCUGAUAUCUGUUCGACUCUCGUGACGAGUCAUGACCAAGGGCAGCAAGUGAACGACAUAUCGAAAUUACCAGCCAUUGCAGAUCUUUGUGGAAUCCUAAGACAACUUUCAAGUACGUAUGAUAAGUGUAUAUAG